CAUUCGCUUCCUCCAGCAGCAGCAGCAGCAGCAGCCGGAGGUUCGCUCGCACCUCUCGCCGUCUUUUGGGGGGAUUUAAGGUGGAAAUCGGACGAGGUGGUGGCCGCACUCGGAGCUGCGUUACGGCUCUGUGGGGAAGCAUGUGAUGACUCACGCCAGGCAGAAAACUUCCCUCCGGCAGAGCCACAGCAGUGCCGAGUGGUGGGACGGUGGCCAUCUUUGGCCACAUGGUGGCGCGAUGGGCGGCACCUGGCCUGAGCGCACGCUACGAUUUGGCAGGACAAAGAAGAUAAGUGACAUCGUCAAACAGCGGAAAGACAAGAGGAUGAACAGCAAGAAGGGACGAGCAGCAGAAAGAUCAGAUCAGAACAGGAAGCUGGACCGGAGGCAGUUCAAGAAACGGGACAGGAAGUUGUAUCCUCUGCGAGGUCGAGCGGCGACUUCAGAUGGAGAAGGACUCAGCUGCCACGUUCUCCUCACCCGACUGGAGGAGAGCAUUCGAGAUAAGGAGAUCUCCAAAGUAAAGGAAGGAAAGGACGCUCACAAACACUUAACUCUCAAGUCCAAAUCCAAGAAAGGGAAAAACAGUGAAAGAAAAGAGGCAAAGUCAUCACCAAAAACGAAAUUAAAACCAAGCAGCCCAGGAUACAGUGAGUGUGCUGGGUUGGGACUCCUCCAGCCUCGUAAACGUAGACUGGCUUCUCUAAAUGCUGAAGCAGUGAACAGUCUGCUGCUGGAUAGAUCCACUGACCCCCAGCCGUCUGCAAAACAGGCCAGGAGACAUGAGGAACCCACAAACGGAGGGUCUUCUCUGGACACAGAUCCAGUCAGAGGUGCCGUCUCUGCAGGUCUGAAGGCUUCACGAGGAAACGUCAGUAAAGUUUCUCAUGAACUUGAACUGUGCCAAAGCUCUAAGCCAGUGAAGAAGACCAAAGUGAACCGGGGGGAAGAGGGGAUGAGUCAGGAGAGCCUGGACGCUCCGGCACCCAGACGACUGGCUGGACUCAACGCCGCCGCCCUGCUGAAGCUAACCAGCUCCUCUGCUACCAGUAAACAGAGAGUAAAAGCUGCUCCCAGCGCUACCGUCACAUCAGACUCGACCCCGAAGCAGCUUUCAAAGGUCAAACUCCAACACAAGGGACGUUUACAGAAGCAGAAGGGGAAGGAAGUUCCUCCACCUCACAGCGGCUGCUCUACCUGCAAGAAGAAGGCAGACUUUGAGCCGAAGGUGGAGUGGGAGACUGGCUGCACCCACCGACUCACCAAACCCGGCUACCAGUCCCGCAGCAUGCUGGCGUAUCCACUGAAACAAGUGAAGGAGGAGCAGCUGGAGACUGAACUGAGCUCUUACUACUGCUGCCCCCCGGAGGGUUCGGUGGAGUACUGCCACCGCCUGGCCUUCUUCCUCGGCCAGCAGCCCUACGGAGAGUCCGACGAUCAGCCGCUCAACUCGGCUAUGACCCCCGUGAAGCGCGAGUGCCUCGUAACCUCGCCAUCGCUGACACACUCCCACCCCCACACCGCCCUCACCCUCAGCCCUCACCCCUGCCUCUGCACCGCCGACCACUGCUUCUCCAGCUACUACGUCCACAUCGCCCACCCGACACACACUGGAACCACUUCGGCCUCGUUGACCUCGCGACCUCUGAACUUUGCCCCGUCCGGUUUGUGUCCUAAUCGAAUGAGCGGCUCCAAGCUGCUGGGCCAGCAGGUUCCCCACCCGUCGGGGUUGGCCCACCCUGCCUACUGCAACUCUGUGACUUCACCCUGCUACGGUGAAGCCUGCGGGAUCGGCGGCUACACCUACAGAGCGAUGCCUCCCGUCACCAGCAGGGGGUGUUCUUUCAGCACAGGAUGCACUGGAUGCACACAAAGCAUCAAAACAGAGGGUUACUCCUCCCCUCAGGGUGAACACAGCCCGUCUCUCCUGGUUCCUCCCUCCAUGCCCAUCUCCAGCUGCCCUCUGUCCAGUGUGCCCACGUCCACUCAGACCAAACCCCACCUGCUGACCCCCCUGUCUGGCCGAGACCAGCCCCAGGCCCGGUUAAAACUAGCCAAGGAAUGCCCACAGAGCACCAAACCCUCCAACGGCUCUCUGUCCAUGGGCCGCACAAGACUCACGGCCAAACAGCCGUCGCCGGUACCGAGUCUGAGCAGCACCAAACAGAAGAAAGUCAGUCGAAGACGAGCCACCAACGGCUGGAGGCCUGUUGGGAUCUCCACCGAGAGGGAGGUCUUCAUAGCGGGAGAGGAUGAGACGGCCCUGCGGCAAUGUUACGAAGGCGUGGAGAGGGACGGCGAAGUGAUUCGAGUCAGAGACACCGUGCUGCUACGAUCAGGCCCCAGGAAGAAAUCCCUCCCAUAUGUUGCCAAGAUAUCAGCGCUGUGGGAGGACCCCAAAACAGGAGAGCUGAUGAUGAGCCUUUUCUGGUACUACCGACCCGAGCACACCCAGGGAGGCCGAGAUCCCAGCACACACUGUGAGAAUGAGAUUUUCGCCUCUCGGCAUCAGGAUGAAAAUAGUGUGGCCUGCAUAGAAGACAGAUGCUACGUUCUCCCUCUUGCCCAGUACUGUAGAUUUUGUGCCUUGGUGAAGCGGCGUGCUGAAGGCGCCCCUGGCAGUGCCAGCAUGGUGCCCUGCCGCCCUGACUUCGCCCCCCCCUCCCACCGCUGUGUGCCCACAGACGUCGACCCCGAGUUGGUGUAUCUCUGCCGGCACGUCUACGACUUCCGCUACGGUCGCAUCCUGAAGAACCUGCAGUAGAGUUCAGACGGCCGUCGCAUCUACGAGUUAAAGGUCACGUAGCUCCUCCUGCUGCACAGAGGAGGCGGCUGAAGGAUCGAACUCCCCUGUCUGGUCUGCUGGGCGCCUCACGAUCCGAGGGAAGGGGGAUGAUGAUGAUGAUGAUUUGUCAAGGGGCAGAUGAAGCAAACCUUGUGACACUAUGAAGCACAGAUCCCUUUAGUUGACCACCAAGGGGUUAGAAUGUGUCUGAGCACCAAUAUUUCCUGGUUUGGAAGAAGGAAAAAUUCACUCAUCAGUUUUUCCACCACUCUGAGGUUACUGGAAGCUCCUGUGCCCCCCAUCCCCGAUUCCUUUUCCUGCCAGGAACACCAGGCCGAGCUGGGCCACCGUCAGCACCGUGUUCCCCCUGAAGGAUCUUAGCACAGCAAUCAUGUUUGUUCCAUUUGUAAGCCAGCGGCUCAGGGAUGGUCCGGCACUAAGGUGCUUCCGGGGAACACAAGCCUGCUCUGUCAGCUCAACGUUAACGGUGUUCAACUAGCCGGGGUGAAGGAGCAGCUAAUGGAGAGUGUCGUCUCGUUUCUCCUGAUUUCAGUUGUGUGUCUGUGUGUGUGAAAGCGAGUGUUGUCAGUGAGGAUAAAUGGAUAAAUGUGGGCAUUUGUGAUGGUGUUUUAGGAGGCUUUCAGGCAAUCAAACCAAACAAGCAGCUUUGGAGGAAGUGGAGCUCUCUCUCCCUGUCCGUCCCUUCUCCUGACACAAACGUUUUCAUCUCGACUGAUGCUCAAAGUGAAACACUGCAUCUGAAGGAGGGUUUGUGAAGCAGAUCUGUGCUUACAAAAGGCAGAUCUUCUUUAACUGUACGCCGGGACUCUAAAGUAAUCGAUUUUAUCAGUUAAAAACCAACAUGAAACAGCUGAUUCUGAUCAUCUCAGCCACAGUUCUGGUUUAAAGAAGCCUCAUCAACAGGAGGCUCUGCUGAGGGUCCAUUGUUUAGGGUGUUUCUUAGUAAAAGCUUUCACCUUUACUGCUCCCUGUGACUUGCCUUAUGACUCGCAGGGGGAGUUUCAGGCAGCUAGUCUCACCACAAACACCCAGGAAGUGGUAGAUCGGAUGAACCUGUCGUUACAAGAAGUCAGAUUUUCCAGAAUGUGGUCAGUAGAGGCGUGCAUGAAGAAGCACCUUUUAGGACUGCAGUCAACCAGAGGAGUGGAAUCUACCUGCUAGCACUAUCCGCCUGAAUUGACUCUAAAUCAGCCUAAAAGCUAGUAUUUGGAGCAUAUUAAAUUAUUUUAAACUGAAAUGAUGAGGGGCUGCACAGUGGCUCGCUAUUUAGCACUGUCGGCUUGAAGCUAGAAGAUCUAAUUGGUCCGCGUUGAGUUUUGAUGCAAAAAUCUCUGUAAUGUUUACACUCGGCUUUUUGGCUCCAAAAGCAGCCACACUAACACAUUUUUUGACACGUGUCAGUUAGUUUGGAGCCAAAAUGUUGGAAUUUACUGCGGCAGAGAUUCAUUUCUGCCUCUGGGUAGAUGACAGGCAAACAGAAAAACAAACAUUGAGAAGAAACAAAUCAAACAAAAGGAAAAAGAUGAAUUAAAAUGCAGUAAUUUAAUUAGCAAGCUUUUACAGAGGUACAAAGGUGCAGAAUUUAGUAGUAAACAGCAUUAUGGAAUAACUAAUUAAAACAGAGUUCUGGCCUGUUUUAACAUGGUGUAUUUUCCGUUAAUGUGGCUAUUGUGGUAAUGCCAAAUUUGUACUGUUUGCUUUAAUGGUUUCUGAAAAUCAACAAGAGAUCUGGGCAAAAGAACUAGAGAGGAAUAAAAGACAGACAAAUCAGCUGCUGUUUUUACAUCAUCUACCAUGUUGUUUGUUGAGUUUUGAUGCAAAAAUGGCUGUUUUCAAAAUUUACACUCGACUUUUUGGCCUAAAAGCAGCCAAACCAACACAUUUUUUGACACGUGUCAGUUAGUUUGGAGCCGAAAUGUUGGUCCAUAAAUUGGACCUUUCAGUUUCCAUGACGUUGGGCAAAUUCAAAAUUAGUUUGUUCUUUCUGCUGGCAAAAAUAGUGAUUUAAUCCUUGAAGGCUGUUGAGCUUUUCUCCUUAUGGAAGUAACAUUUCAGAUCGUCCAAUGAGAAUUUGGUCGAAUGAGAGAGUAUCAACCAAUCGGUCAUCCAGUCGACCUGGAUACUAUCAACCUGAGUUCAGGGUUGCAGAUAACAAAUAUUUUGAAAAAAGGCUUCCCUCAGUAAAGAAGAGUCUAUUUAAAAGCUUGUCUGUUCCAACUAGAGCCAUCCAAAAUGUGAAGCUAUUCAGUUUGCUACCACGCAUGACAAAGAAAAGCGUCAAAUUUUCUCAUUUGCCAAUCGAAUACACAGAAACGUUGGCAUAGUAAUUCUAAAAAUGAUCAAAUUAUCUCUGUCUCCGGACUGCAGCUCUACUCUGGUCACCAGCAGUGGUGUUUUCAUGACGUCUCUCCAGCUCCUCGCCUGGUAAAUGUCACUUCUGCCCAUUUUAAUUCUACAAGCAGACCACUUUUUAUUUCUCCUCCUCCUCCUCACCCUCCUCCUGCCAAGAUAAACCAAAGGAUGUCACACAAGCCAGAAUUCCCGUCUCCUCUUCAUCCUCCUCCUCCUCGUCAGCACUUCUGUCCUCGUUGUAUUGCACUAAUCCAUUCCUUAAUUACAACAACUUUUUUUUUUUUUAAAACUCCAGCUCCUAAUAUCUUUCCGGGGGAGGGUGGGGGAGGGCACUGUAUAUCAUUUAUUAUGUGAUUUGUACCUUUAGAAGGAACCAGUGAGGAUGUCAUGGCUGCUUUUUGUCAGUGCAAACUGUAUAUUUCUAUUAAUUUCACCAGUUAGAAGGAGUCGGCCAGCGUGUUUUUGUCAUGAUGCUAUUGAAUCCCGUUGGAAUAUACACGGUAUAUAUAUAUUUAUAUAUAUUACUAGAGUCCAUUCCAUUUGAUUUAUGAAUCAGCUCUGACAUAUGAAUAUACAGUAUAUAUAUAUAUGUAUGUAUGUAUCCACACUGUUAAUGUGACUUAGAGUUGAAAAAGGCCUGACUUUGCUGUGCGGACAGACGUAGCACCGUGUCGUAUUUGGAUCGAAGGUGAUUCUUUUGCGGUGGGGGAAUUUCAAACCGUGCUCUUCCAUUGCCUUUUUUUUUUUUUUUUAACUUGUGUUUCACUGUCACUCAGAAAGCGAGCAGCGUCGGAGUGCCGUACCUUUACAAAGCAGAAAGAGUACCCGAAUGCUUUCCUGCACAGCAAAACGCCCUUUUUAUUCCGUCAUUGGAGUUUUUAACACAAUGAAGCCAUCUUUAUCUUCCCCUCUAUUUGAACGGCACUAAACUAAAUCCUGAUCCUUUUAUUUUACGUCUAUUAACCCCCAGAUUCUUCAAAGAGGUAAUAUAUAUUCUCCUACUUUACAAUUGUCUCCUUAUUAAGAAUAUUUUAUUAUGUCGAUUUUCCUAAGAUGGCAUAUGCAAUAUAUUUUUAGGCUUACUAUUUUUGGAAAAUGAGCUAAACGAAUCAAGAAAAAAAGAAUAUGCGUUAUUUUUAAUUUGUUUCAGAUGCGUUUUAAAUCGUCACUGCGUUUAAUUGAGAUUUGACCAAAUGAAAGAAAAAUUGGAGGGAGCUGAGGUUGUGUAGAUUAAAGGCAUAGAAAAUCUUCCCUUCCAGGAAAUUUCUAAUGAAGUGUACAUAUCCGAAUCCAGGAAGCACCGGGCACUCUUUAAACUAGCAGACAGCCAAUGCACAGUGUAGUAUUUUUGCAAGAUCUGUAAUAAUUAUAUUUAAAGUAAAGUACAAAAAAAAUAAUGCUAUUUAAAUGGAGUGAACAAUAAAAAUAUAUUAAGAUUUCAAUUUAACUUAUUUGGAAAUACUGUGUCUAAUUGAUGAACUAUAUGCUGUUUUCUUUGUGCUCCAGGAUAGAAAAUGAUUUCUGUUUGUAACUUAGUUUGUUUUAAUGGGAUGGAGAGCAGACCAAAGCACACCUACGGCAGACAGGAGAGCAGAGAUGGAGGCAAGAAAAGUCAUCCUGCUCUCCUGACCGACCUUAAACCUGCCGUUUGGGAGAAGGCCGUGGUCACCUGAGCUUUUAUUGAUUGGUCCUAUUAGUGGAGACGGUUCAUCUGAGACGAGGCAGAGGGGACACAACGUCCGCUAAGCUUCAGGUGGAAGCAUGGAUGUAGAUUUCCCUUCAAACACAUACAUACUGAUCAUCAGACAAAACUUAAUUUUCUGCAUCCUGGUGAAUUUUAAAGCACCAGUUGUCUCUUUUCUUGCAUUGAUUUAUAGCAAAAACACAAAAUUCAGGCACAAUGAGUAAACUUUUAUAGUCCCCUCAUGUUUAUGUUGCUGGGGAAAUGCCCUUCUCACCUGUAUCCCCCCCAAGAAAUCUACACCAAAAUUUCACUCAGAUUUUUACCAGUUUCCUCUCUCUGCAAUAAUUCAUGGAGGUUCUCCAGUAAGUGUCAGAAAUUAGGGGCUAUGUGGAAAUUAUUAGGCUCCCUGCUGGUUUUAAUUGAUUUUAAUAUUUUACUGUGCACCUUUAAAACCUGCCUGGGUUUCCCUGAAAGCUGCGAAGUAAGAAAUGUUGAAUUUUGUUGAAGUUUGUGUCCGCCAAAGCAUUUUUUGAGCGUGCUUUGAAGGCCAGUGCUUUUUCAGCUGAGACCCUUUGAUCGCCAACGAAGUAAAUUGAAGCACUGGUUUGCUGUCAAAGUCCACGUAGAGCAGGUCUCUCUUCAGCCAUCUUAGUAACGUCUCUGGACAAUGAUUUCAGGCUAACAAGCCCAGGCUCCUACCUGCAUGAAUGGGGGAGGCGUAAAUGUAAUUUCAGUGAGCAUAAAAACUGCACAUGUGGAAUCACCAGUUAAAUCUGAGCCCCAAAAUCAGGUUUAAAAAAGUAUUUUUCUGCUGCAUAGCAUUAAGCUCUCCCUCAUUGCAGUUCCAUCAUGUGGCAUUUGGUGAACAGUCAGUGACAAAUGCAGCAGUUCACCCACAUUGAGGCAUUUUUCUACUCCUGGUGACCAGAAAUGAACACAAAGUACAAAAUGCACAGCGUAGAAUAGAUACACCCAGGGUGCUGGUGAUUUCAUGAUGGCAAAACAUGGUAAACAUGAAGCACUCCCAUUGCAAAAAAAACAAAACAAAACAACAUGCUGGCCUCAGAAAAAAGCCUCGGCAGACACACUAACCUCAAGUGCAAUUCAAAUUUGAUUCUUAAAUCUGAGGUGGGUUUUGCCGACUUUUACUUUGGAAGGACCUAAUUGAGAAGGAAAGGCUGCAGAAUCAGUGACUUCUUUUAAUUCAUUUCUCAAAACCCAUUUAUUCGUGUAUUUCAGUCUCUUUAUUUUUGUUUUUCAAACUAAAAAUUGGUCUUUGGUCCAUGUGUUGCUCUUAAAGGCUUUAUUUUAACAAAAGAGACAGUGAAUUCCCUGUAGCUUUCUUGGUUGCGACAGAUUAAGACAACUAAUAUAUUGAAAGCAGGGUAUUUAAUGUGGAGGACCUUUUUUUGUAAAUGAUUUCCACGUAAUCCCUUAUUUGAAUACCUUAAGGGGUUCCCUGUGGAUGAAAUUCAGAGACUUAACAUAUCCAGGUCAGCUGACCACCGCUGUCUUUCUCCCAGAUGUGUGUUGACCUGUUCGCCUGAGCGUGCAGAAAAGUGUCAUGGCCGCCUCCCAAACGUGUUCACCAACUUCCUCCUCCUUGCAUCCACGUCUUUUAUUUUUUAGCUACUGAGAGAGAUGCAGGAAAUGUGAGGAAAAGCUCAGUCGGGCGGCUGCCGUCCUCCCGGGUGCUGGCCGGCCUUGCAGACAAAAGCACGAGACUAGAUUAUAUGUUCUGAUUAAUUUCCUAGAAGCUUUGCAUGGACGCAGUUGCAUUCUCUGUCACCAUGACAACAAGGCCGGGCCAGCGCUCGGGAGAGGAGAUGCCUCAGCGGUUUUUACCUUUUUACUGAGGUGUGUUGAGUCCAAACUAAAGCACCUGACCAACCCAUGAGAUUCUGCUUUCUGUGUGGUCUGUACUGAUGCUUAUUGUUGACAUAUAUUUUGAUAUAUUUGGGCGGGGGGAAACUGGGGAUAUACAAUAAAACAAAACAAAAAAAUGUCGAUAUUUUUGGAGUAGAGAAGCAAUGUGUGUAUCAGAUUAUUGUCACUUUGUCAUGCUUUCUGAGAAGCUCUUGGAUUUUUUGAGAGAAUUAUAUAACAUCCCGACUGAUUUAAUGUUCCAUUGAGAGAAUAUUUAUAAAUUUUAAGUCCUUUGUGAAA